CACUCUGCAAAACAAAACAAAAAAUAUCAUUAUAACAAAUUUUAUUUUCAGAUAGAUAUAUAUAUGCGUUACCAUAUUGAAAACAACGCCUCUGUUUUUUUUUAUAUAGAUAGAUCAUGAGCAACAUACCAAAAUCUUUAACAGAUUCUUCUUUUACUCUUUUCAAAUUAGCCAUCUCUUCUUCUGAUCCUUGGCCUUUCUCUCUUCCAUUUUCUUCCAUCUAAUCCCUCUCUUAAUUGUACAGUCUUUUCUCUCAAUUUCUUGUUUUUUUUUUUCCUUCAAAUCUUGAUAAAAACAGAGAUGGGUACUGGAGAAAAACACCAUCUGAGUUUCCAUUUUCAUGUACCACACAUUAACUUCCAUAAUCAUGGGAAGAAGGAAUUGAAGAAUAUACCAAAAGGGUGUCUUGCAGUUAUAGUGGGUCAAGGUGAAGAACAACAGAGGUUUGUUAUCCCUGUCAAUUAUAUCAAUCAUCCCCUGUUUUUGCAGCUACUUAAAGAAGCAGAGAAAGAAUUUGGAUUUGAUCAUAAAGGACCAAUUAAUAUCCCCUGUCAUGUUGAACAAUUCCGCUAUGUUCAGGGAUUGAUUGCUAAGGAAAAUCCGCAUAAUCAUCAUCAACAUCAUCAUCACCAUUCAUGGUGCUUCAAGGCCUAAACUUUUUUUUUCCCUAUAGUUACAUAUUUUUGGACUCGGAAUUGUCAGUGCUUCGAAUGAUGUAAAUUUCUAGUUUUGGAUCGAGUCCUUUUUAGGCUUUUUUUAAUGCUCUGUUCUGAGAUGUUCAUGUACCCAGAAGUGUGGUUAAAGAAGAUGAACAAAUUAGAAUAAUAUUCAUAAUACAGAAUCAUUUUUUUUUCUUUUUCUGAAUUAUUAUUAAAAAAUGUUAUGGUUCUA